AUGCGGCUUGUAUUUCUCCAGGAAUCAUUCAAUAAUGUUAAACAAUGGUUACAAGAAAUUGAUCGUUAUGCAAGUGAGAAUGUAAAUAAACUUCUAGUUGGCAACAAAUGUGAUUUAACUGCUAAAAAAGCCGUGGAUUAUGUUAAAGCUAAAGAAUAUGCCGAUUCAUUGAGCAUUCAAUUUUUAGAAACGAGUGCCAAAAAUGCCACGAAUGUUGAACAAGCAUUUAUGAAAAUGGCUACAGAAAUAAAAUAUCGUAUAUCCACCACCGCUUCUGAUGGUGCAAAACCACUAAGUGGUAUUAAUGUUAAAGGAAAACCUAUUUUUGAAUUUAAUAGUCUCAACAUUAUCGAGAAAUCUUAUUACUCAACUGUUAUUAUCGCUAAAAUGCCUGUUAAACAAAUAUCGACUGGUAGUCUGCAAUCAGAAUUAAAUUCAGCCGGUGAUAAAGUUGUUUUGGUUGACUUUUUUGCUGAAUGGUGUGGACCGUGUAAAACUAUUGCUCCUCAUAUUGAUCAUUUGAGUUCAACUCAUCCAAAUGCUGUAUUUCUCAAAAUUGAUGUUGAAAAAUGUCAGACAGAAGCAGAACAGUACAAUAUAACAGCAAUGCCAACAUUUUUAUUUUUUAAAUAUGCUAAAGAAGUUGAUCGUAUUAAAGGUGCUAAUAAAGAAUUACUUGAAUCAACAUUGAAAAAAUAUUAUAAUGAUGUACCAUCAAAAGUUGUUGGACAUAUUGAUUUAAAAGAACUUAUUAAAGUAGCUGAAAGUGAAGCAUUAAACGAAGCAAGUCCACUUCAAUGGCAAGAUGCUAUUAUUCAUCAUAAAGGUGUUCUUAAAUCAGAUGUUGAUGAAGAGCUUAUAUUACAUAUUGCAUUUAAUCAAAUUAUUCGAUUACAUUCAAUUAUUAUUGAAGCACCAGAAGAUGCGGGACCCAAGACUGUUAAAUUAUUCAUAAAUCAAACAAAGACAUUAGAUUUUACGGAUGCUAAAAGAACAGAUCCAGUACAAACAUUGGAAUUUGAAAAGAAGCAGCUUACUGAAGGAACGCCAGUCAAUCUCAGAUUUGUUAAAUUUCAAUCUGUUCAAAGUGUUACGCUAUUUUUUCAAAAUAAUCAAGAUGGUACAGAGACGACAACAAUAAAUUCAAUUAAAUUCUACGGUACGCCAAUUCAGACAACAAAUAUGAAUGAUUUCAAAAAGGCCGAUGGGAAACCAAUAGCAAAUAUGUGA